AUGGGACUGAUGAACCGCACGUGCACUGCGGGCAUGGGGAAAAGGUUACUAAACCGGUGGCUGAAGCAGCCGUUAGUGGAUGAAGAGGAGAUUAAGUUUCGGUUGGAUGUGGUGCAGUCGUUUGUAGAGAGCGGUGGGAUGAGGCAGGAGGUGCGGGGGCAUCUGAGACGCAUGCCGGAUAUAGAAAGGCUGACUAGGCGGCUCGAGAUGCGGCGAGCUGGGCUGCAGGACGUGGUUAAGCUGUAUCAGGCCAGCAUUCGCCUUCCAUUCAUCCGAGAGGUGCUUGAAACCCACGGAGGCUCGUUCCGCCCGAUGCUGCACGAGAGGUUUGGCGCGAGCCUGCUCGAGUGGUGCGGGGCGGAGCACUUAGCUAAGUACGAGGGUCUGGUGGAAGCAGCAGUAGACUUAGACGCUCUGCAGUCAAACGGAGAGUAUUUAAUAGCUCCAGGUUAUGACCCAAGCCUAGGGGAGAUUAAAGAGGAGAGGGAGGGGGUUGAAGUCGAAGUGCAGAGAGCGUUGCAGCAAGCAGCAAACGAUUUAGGCCUCAUAGUGGAUAAGACGAUUAAAUUAGAUAAGACGGCGCAGGCGGGGUAUUGCUACAGGAUAACGAAGAAAGAGGAGACGAACGUUAGGAAGAAGCUGAAUUCGUCGUAUGUGACUCUUGAGACCAGGAAGGACGGAGUCAAGUUCACGAAUGCGAAGCUCCGGAGGCUGAGCGAGCGCCACGUGUCGCUCACGGAUUUGUACAUGGCGGCUCAGCGAGAGCUCGUUGCAAAGGUGGUGGAAGUGGCACAGACGUUUUUGGAGGUGAGUCAUGGGUUUGGGGCUUUAGGGUUUAUGUUUUAG